AACGAAGCAAACGCUUCGUGCGCGGCCAGCCGACAUCGCGCUCCUUGCGCACGCGCCCAUCUCCUACGGGAACCGAACUUGUGAAUCCUCUCUAGUGUUCUGUGCUACGGACUUUUCUGGUAUGCAGCUCUAGUGAUGGCGUUUAGCUUAAGAUCGCUGCUGCUAGCAGCCAUCGUAUUAAGUAAUUAUUUAGUUUGGACAGCAACAAGGCAUCAUCACACACACAAUCUAUCCCGUCACCGCAGCAGGCACAGGCGGCAGGGCGCUGGGCUGUAUCUGCCUGCUUCCUACGUGCUGCCCGGAGGCGAAGGCAGCGGUGCGUGGGGUGAAUGGGGCGAGGUGAGCGCCUGCUCGCGGACAUGCGGCGGCGGUGUAGCCAGCCAGAAGAGAAUAUGUCUUGAAGUCAGUCCUGAAGGUCAACCGCUCUGCACGGGUGGCGAUACCAAGUACCUCUCAUGUGAGACACAGGACUGCCCCGAAGUCGGGGAUUUCCGCGCGGAGCAGUGCGCUGAGUACGACGACAUCGCCUUCAGGGGCAUCAAAUAUAAAUGGCUGCCAUACACGAACGCCCCAAACCCGUGCGAGCUGAACUGCAUGCCGCGCGGAGAGCGGUUCUACUUCCGACAGAAGAUCAAGGUGGUGGACGGCACCAGAUGCACAGACGAGUCUUUCGACGUCUGCGUCAAUGGAACCUGUCAGCCGGUAGGUUGCGAUAUGAUGCUAGGGUCUAACGCACGCGAGGACAAGUGUCGCGAGUGCCGCGGAAAUGGCACAAACUGCCGGACCAUCGCUGGGCGCAUAGACAACCCUGACCUCAGGAAAGGUUAUAACGACGUCCUGCUAAUACCGCAAGGUUCGACAAGCAUUUACAUUACAGAAGUGCGAGCAUCAAAUAAUUACUUAGCCUUAAGAUCGAAGCAAGACAAUGUAUAUUACCUAAACGGGGAGUACCACAUCGACUUCCCUCGCAGUCUUAUGAUAGCUGGUGCCACCUGGCACUACGAGCGCAGCCAGCAAGGCUUCGCCGCGCCCGACAAACUGCGCUGCCUCGGACCCACGACUGAACCUUUGUACCUCUCGUUGCUGUUACAAGACGAAAAUGUGGGAGUCGAGUAUGAAUACAGCCUGCCUGCCGCACUAGCGCCUCCACCGAACCAAGAGUACAAUUGGGUAUUCCGUGAUUUCUCCCCCUGCAGCGCCACAUGCGGCGGAGGAACUCAGAGUCGGCAAGUAAGUUGUCGGUCGAGAGAGGAACUAGAGAUAGUGGAGGACAGUUUGUGUGACUCCGGCCUCAAGCCAGUCACCAACCAGACCUGCAAUACUGACCCCUGCCCGCCGCGCUGGGUGGAAGAACCCUGGGGUCCUUGCUCCAAGCCAUGCGGGGCAGGUGGUACUAGGUCCAGACAAGUCUACUGUCAGAAAAUCAUCGUUAAUGGGCUGCUGUCCAUAGUAGCGGACAAGGAGUGCUUCGACCUGCUGGGCUCCAAGCCUGAGCUGUACCAGGAAUGCAACAGGAACGCCACCUGCCCCACUUGGUUCACUGGACCUUGGAAACCGUGCGACAAACUAUGCGACGAAGGCAAACAGACGCGGGAUGUGGUGUGCCAUCAGAAGGUCAACGGUAAAGUGGAAGUAUUUGAUGACGCGAUGUGCGAAGAUGAGAAGCCGGCCACAGAGCAGAGCUGCAUGCUGCGGCCCUGCGAUGGAGUCGACUGGGUGCUCUCCGACUGGUCUGGGUGCGACACGUGUACAUCUACAGUGCGCUCGCGCGUGGCUCACUGCGCCACCAGCAUGCACAAAGUGGUGAACUCCAGCUUCUGCUCGUACCACCCAGCGCCGGUGCUGGAGGAGCCCUGCGACCGCACCAAACUGCCCUCCUGCCAGCUCUUGUGGUACGCCACUCAGUGGAGCAAGUGUUCAGUGGAAUGCGGGAAAGGUAUCCAAAGCCGGCGGGUGUUCUGCGGUCUGUUUGAUGGCGCGUCAGUGAUCAAGGUGGACGACGAACGCUGCGACAGCAAACUGCGCUACAACGAUAGCAAGCCCUGCGAAGUGCCUUCGGAGAAAUGCGAUGCCAAGUGGUACGCCGGACCAUGGUCGACAUGUAACAAAGAGUGCGGUGGCGGUCAACAGUACCGACGCGUGAUGUGCUUGAGCGGUGGUGUCGAAAUGAAAACAUGUCCCGAGGAUUUCAUACUAGACACGAUGCAGAUUUGUAACACGGAGGCUUGCACCAAUGACACCAAGACUACACCGGCUGAUGAUGUGACUGCAUCUGAUGAUUACUAUGACUACGAGGAAUGUAUCGAAGAGGACUACCCUGAGGCCGGUGCUGAGGUGAUCGGGCCGAGCGGCGUCACAAUAGAAGACGUAAUGUUCAGCGAUAGUCCAGUCACUGAUUAUGAUGAUUCCGCUGAAUAUAUUUCUCAAUUUACGCUCGAAACUAGAUCUGAUACAGAGUCCACUGAUGAUUGGACUACUCAUGAAACGGGGAGUGGAUCCACUGGCACUGACUUCACUGAUUUAUCGACCACCGAUGAAACGGGCAGUGGCUACACUGGUACUGACUUCACUGAUGAUACAACAGUAUUCACGUCUAUCACUGAUACGACGGAAGCGACAAUAGAUGAGAGUGAAAGGGAACUAACCGAAGAAUUCAUUGCCAUCUCUAGCGUGUCGCCAUUACAUUCCUCUUCAAAGAAAUCUGGAAUUAUUGACACAAUAUCCAGCACAGAAUCAUCAACAACUUCAGAUGUAACCGGAACCGGAUCUACAGAAGUGUCUACAGAUAAAAGCACUGAUUCAAGUACAACUUUCGAUGUUUCGGAAUCAAGUAGUGAUGGAAGCACAGAAAUUUCAGACACCAGCACAGAAAGUAGUACACUAGAAAACACAGAAUUAGCAGGAUCUAGUACAGAUGUAUCUUCGAGUGUUAGCAAAACUGAUUUAACGGAGUCAACCGAAAGCACGAUAACCGAUAGUACAGAAUCGACGGAAACUGGCGUAAGUUCUGUUUCUACAGAACCCACUGAAACAGGGAUAACUGAAAGUGGAAGCACGGUAGCAGCAAGUGAAAGCAGUUCCCUAAGUUCAGAAACUGAAAUAACAGAUAGCACAGAAAUCUUUACAACCGCAGCAACAAAAUCCGAAACUGAUACGUCUGAAACAGCCAGUAGUGUUACGACUGAAUUAGAAACAAAGGCCGCUAAAGAAUCUGUAUCUACAGAAUCUAGCACCUCUGACUCCGUAACGAAAGACGGAAUUACCACGGGCUCUUCUGAAUCUGAAUCGACCGAGAUUACGGAGUCCACUGUAACCGAUACAACAUUAACCGAAUCCAGUAAAACCACAGAAACGGAAUCAACUGAAAUUACGGAAUCUGAACCUAGUCUAUCGACUGAAUCUGCAUCUAGUGUAUCUACAGAAUCUGGAUCAAGUGCGACCACAGAAUCUGAAUCCAGUGCAACUACCGAGUCCGAAACCAGUGCAACCACAGAAUCUGGAUCAAGUGCAACCACAGAAUCUGGAUCCAGUGCGACUACCGAGUCCGAAGCUAGUGCAACCACAGAAUCUGGAUCAAGUGCAACCACAGAAUCUGGAUCCAGUGCGACUACCGAAUCUGAAGCCAGCGCUACCACAGAAUCUGGAUCAAGUGCAACCACGGAAUCUGGAUCCAGUGCAACUACCGAAUUUGAAGUCAGUGGAACCACAGAAUCUGGAUCAAGUGCAACUGCAGAAACUAAAUCAAAAUCAAUUACCGAAUCUGAAUCCAGUGCAACCACGGAAUCUGGAUCUAGUGUAUCUACUGAAUCUGAAUCGAGUGCGACUACCGAGGCUGGAUCUAGUGCUACAACUGAAUUUGAAAUUAGUUCAACUACAGAAUCUGGAUCAAGUGUAAGUACUGAAAAUGAAUCUCACGCGACUACAGAGAUCACGGAACAAGAAACAACUGUCUCUAGUACAGUUGUGAGUACAGAAUCUACAGAAGGCGAAACAACGGUAUCUGAAUCGAGCGCGACUACUGAAACUACUAAAGAGGAGAGUACCGAUUCCUCAGCAACAACAGAAAGCUCUGUUGCUAGCACCCAAACUGAAAGUACGGAGUCAAGCACAACUAUGAGUUCGGAAGCUAGCACCACUGAAGUCUCUGCUAGUUUGUCGACAACGGAAGAGUCUGGAGAAGAGACAUCAGGAGAAACUGACGGUACAACGGAGUCUGGUUCUACUACGGAAAAAAUUGAAACAUCUACGAUUAGUGGAUCUACACUCGAGAGUUCUGGAAGUUCCUCCAUUGAAAGCGCAUCCACAACGGAAAUUACAAGCCCUGAGGAAUCCUCUGGUACAACCGAGGCGAGUCUGGAAGGAUUGUCCACCACUGAAAUAUCAACCGAAAGAGAAACGGAAACUGAAAGAGGAACAACUCCAUGGGGCUGGACGACGACUGUUGAAGUUUACACAAAGAAACCAGGGUGUAAGGCACGAAGAAAAGUCGCCAAAUGCAUCAAAAGCAAAUAUGGUUGCUGUUCCGACAAAAGGACACCAGCAAAGGGACCAUUUGAAGAAGGUUGCCAGAGUCCGAAGACGUGUAAGGACACUAAACACGGCUGUUGCCCUGACGGAGUGUCUCCCGCGGCCGGACCUCGCGGCAAGGGCUGCCCCUUGCCGGCCUGCAGCGAAACGCUCUUCGGUUGUUGCCUCUCCGACAAUGUUACUGUUGCGGAGGGCAACGAUCAAGAAGGCUGUCCACCUGCUAAGCAAUCUUGCGUUGACUCGAAGUACGGCUGUUGUCCUGAUGAUAAGACGGAAUCUAAAGGGCCGAGGAAUGAAGGAUGCCCCGAGGAAGAAGUUACAACAGAGGCAACAGGAUGCUUUGCGACCGAGUUCGGUUGCUGCGCAGACAACAGUACCGCUGCGACUGGACCAGACGAACAGGGUUGCCCAUGCAACAUUACCGCUUUUGGAUGCUGCCCGGAUGGUGUCUCUCCAGCGCAAGGCACUCAAAUGGAAGGCUGCGCGUUCUCGUGCAAUUCGACGGAAUUCGGAUGUUGCGCCGACGGCGAGACUCCUGCCCACGGUCCGGAGCAGGAGGGAUGCUGCUUGCAAUACCCCUUCGGCUGCUGUCCCGACAACUACAAGCCCGCCGCUGGACCUCAUCUUGAGGGUUGCAGCUGCGCAGAAGCCCACUACGGCUGCUGUCCCGACAACGUCACCAUCGCGCGCGGACCAAGCAACGAGGGCUGCGGCUGUCAAUACACAGAGUUCGGAUGUUGCCCGGAUCGUCACACUAUCGCUACCGGGCCGGACUUCGAAGGUUGUUCUUGCAACACGUAUCAGUUCGGCUGCUGUCCCGACGGUGUCUCUGUCUCCACCGGCCCCAACAUGGAGGGCUGCCGCUGCGACUACACGCAGUACGGCUGCUGCGGGGACGAACUCACCGCCGCUGUGGGCCCUGACCAGUUGGGCUGCGAUUGCGCCAGUAGCAAGUACGGCUGUUGCCCUGAUGGCCAAACUGAAGCUAAAGGAGAGAAGUUCCUGGGUUGCUCUGAAAUACCUGUAAACAAACAAGAGGCCUGCAGCCUGCCGACGGAGCGUGGCUCGUGCCGCAACUACACGGUGCAAUGGUACUACGACAUGGAGUACGGCGGCUGCUCGCGCUUCUGGUACGGCGGCUGCGAGGGCAACGCCAACCGCUUCGGUAGUAAAGAGGAGUGCGAGGAUGUUUGCGUACAACCUUCUCCUAAAGACGCGUGCAACCUUCCGAAGGUUAAGGGCGCGUGCGUGGGCUAUAACCUGCGUUGGUACUACGACAAGGAUCAGCAGGUGUGCGGCCAGUUCGUAUUCGGCGGCUGCCUCGGCAAUGCCAACAACUUUGAGAGCCGCGAACUCUGCCAGACACAGUGUCAACCCAAAAAGGACGUUGAUGAAUGUGGGCUGCCAAUGGAAGAGGGCCCGUGCGCUGGUACUUUCGCGCGCUGGUUCUUUGACCAGAAGACGCGGCGCUGCUUACAGUUUGUAUGGGGCGGCUGCGCCGGCAACGGCAAUCGUUUCAUCUCCGAGGCUGCCUGCAUUCAGACGUGCAGUCCACCCGGCAAGCCACAUCCGAACUGCGAUGAGCCGCAAGAGACAGGCAAUUGCACGGAGAAGCAUGCCGCGUGGUCCUUCAGCGAUACGGAGAACCGCUGUGUGCCAUUCUACUACAGCGGCUGCGGCGGCAAUGGGAACAGAUUUAAUACCGAGGACAGUUGUAUUGCCGCCUGUCCUAGUGUGUACGAGCCAGAGAAAUGCGUACUGCCUGCGGAAACCGGAGAAUGUGCCAACUAUACAGAGAAAUGGUUCUACGAUACGGCUUAUCAGCGUUGCCGACAGUUCUACUACGGCGGAUGUGGCGGCAACGAGAAUAGAUUUGAUUCCCAACAAGAGUGCGAGACGAGCUGCUCCCAACAAACUACCACAACUACCACCGAACUCACCACAAUCCAGACCACACGACCCACCCCAACCACCAGACCCACGGAGCCCACAAGACCCGCGGAGACCACAAUACACCAGGAGACAACAAGGCCUGAGGAGACCACACAGCCAGCACAAGUGCAGCCACCACAGCCUGGCUCACAGAGAUCUGAUUUCUGUGCAUUGGAACUGGACCCUGGUCCGUGCGAGAAUCUGCAGAGCCGUUGGGGCUACGAUGGCUCCCUGGGCACCUGCAUCACCUUCAUGUACGGCGGCUGCGGCGGCAACAGGAAUAAUUUCCCCACGCAGGAGCAUUGCAACUAUUUCUGUCCCGAUCAACCACUAUCUAACCGGUUCGAACCGGAAAUCUCGUCAAGUGAAAUCUGCAGGCUGCCGAUGCGCGCCGGGCCCUGCGACCAGUCACUGAUGCGCUGGUUUUACGACCCCAGCACCGACUCCUGCAGCCAGUUCACUUACGGAGGUUGCGAGGGCAACGCCAACAGAUUUGAGAGCUUGGAAGAGUGCGAGAGUCGCUGCAAGAACACAAGACCUGAACCCGAGACCUCUACUACCACCACGACGAGCACCACGACUCCUGCUACAACCACAAACGCUGUAACGAUGGAAGAGUUGCCGCCGGAGUGCAUAGUAUCCCCGCUCCUGGAAGAGUGUGCCGGCGCGGGCACGGUGUGGUACGCGGACAGCAGCCGGCAGUGCGUGCCGCACGUCAACAGCGACAGCGGCGCCACCUGCCGCCACACCGGCGUCUUCAACUCGCCUGAAGCCUGCGAGAGGAGCUGCGGCGCUUUCCGGAAUAUUGAUGUGUGCCGGUAUCCGUUGGACGCGGGUCCGUGCCGAUCUUCUGAGCCCAAGUUUUACUUCGAUGGCGACAGCAGCAGCUGCCGACAGUUCUUAUACGGCGGCUGUCACGGCGGCCCUAACCGUUUCUCCACAUUCGAAGAAUGCGAGGACAUUUGCCAACCUAAGAGCGACCCAUGCAAGGUUCCCCCGGAGCCGGGCAACUGCCUGGCGUACCUGCCCAUGUGGUACUACGACGAGGCGCGCGACGACUGCAGCCAGUUCAUCUACAGCGGCUGCAACGGCAACGGAAACAGAUUCGAUACAAGAGGCGAUUGCGAAGGUCGAUGCAAGAAACGACCUACGACCACCCUCGCACCAACAACUGAAGUUAUUACCACCACGACAACGACGACUACAACGACCACAGCUGCUCCCACCACUACACAACAAAUUCUGGUGGAGGAGCAGUGCCGCAGACCAGCGUCGCUGGAGCCUUGCGGGGCCAGCGCCGCCGUGUUCUACUACGACGAGACGCACGGCGCCUGCCUGCCCGCGGACUUCGGCAACUGUCGCCAUCCCAACUCCUACCGCAGCGAGGAGGAGUGCGAGAGACAGUGUGGUAUCUUCAGGGCACUUGACGUGUGCCGCUACCGCCUCGACCCCGGGCCGUGCAACGACACUGGCAUCAUGAAGGUGUACUGGGACGCGGAGUCAGGUCGCUGCGAGCCGUUCGCGUACGGCGGCUGCCAGGGCGGACCCAACCGCUUCUCCAGCGAGGACGAGUGCGAGGAGGUCUGCGGUCCUACUGGCCCUGGGACGAACGAAGUGCUGCCGGACUGCGAGGCAUAUAACGCGGAGUGCGCGGCGCUGCGGUGUGCUUACGGCGUGCAGCGCACGCGCACCGCCGGCGGCUGCGAGCGCUGCGCCUGCGUGCAGGUCGAGGUGGACUGCGCGCCGCUGCAGGAGGAGUGCCAACGCCUCAAAUGCUACUACGGAAUGCAAAACGAAACUGGCGACGACGGCUGUCAGAGAUGCCGCUGCCUGGAUCAUCCGUGUGCGAGCAAAACUUGCGCGGAGGGCGAACGCUGUGUACCCACCGUGUUCCGCGACCCCGUGCUGCAAGUGUUCAGCUAUGUCGCCAGCUGCAACGUCAUGAACAAGACGGGUAGCUGUCCUGAUGCGGAGGAUAUGCCGGUGUUGGACGGGUCGUGCCGGGUCGAGUGCAACGACGACGCGGACUGCCGCGGCGAGGCCAAGUGCUGCGCCCGCGGCUGCAGCCGGCACUGCUUCGCGCCCGCCGCCCCCACGCCCGCACCCGCCGCCAUCAUCACCGCCACCAGCGCCACGCCACUCACCACCGCAUACCAACCCGAGCUGCCGCAUGCGCCGCGCGCCGACACUGCUACGGAGCCGGAGGUGAGCGCGACGGAAGGCGGCAAGGCCACGCUGCGCUGCCUCUUCCAUGGCAACCCUCCGCCCAAGAUCACCUGGAGCCGCGGCGAGAUUACGAUCGACGGCACCUCUGACCGGUAUCGGCUGCUGUCGGACGGCGCGCUGGAGAUCGUGUCGCUGUACCGCAACGACUCCGGCGUCUACAUCUGCAUCGCCGACAACGGGCUCGGCGUCGCGCGCCAGGAGAUACAUCUGGUGGUCACCGAUCCCGUGGCCGCGCCCAUAUCCAUCGCGGGAGAUAACGAUGCCGUCGUGAUGGGAGAACUCAACCGGGUGCUGUACAUCCGCUGCAUGGCGUACGGCUACCCCAUGCCCAUCAUACAAUGGUUCCGGGGCUUGUCGGGUCCUAUGGUGCCGUACAGCAGCUCCCUGUAUGAAGCCCGAGACAGCGUACUUCAGAUAAGAAGACUAGACUACGAUACGCUCGGUGACUACGCAUGCCAGGCGUAUAACGGACAGGGCAAGCCUGCAUCGUGGUCGGUCGUGGUGAAGGCGUAUAGACCGGAAGGGGACGAGACCUACAACCCAUACUUGGUGGACAGACAUGAAAGGGUUUUAAUAACCCAGAGGGAGCCUAUUACAGAAGCGACGACAACACCACUUCCUGAGAUCACAGUACCAGUGUACACCGUGCCGGUGACGACGCGCAUCCUGUCGUCAACGACGACUGUGGCGACUGGCGCGCAGCUGUCGCUGCCGUGCGAGGUGGACGGCUACCCCGAGCCUGAGGUGCGCUGGACUAAGGACGGCGUGCCGCUGCUGCAGAGCGACCGUAUCGAUAUCACAGAGUCACGUCUAACGAUAACAUCGACGAACAUAAACGACAGCGGGCUGUACGGCUGUCACGCACGCAACGCCUACAGCUCGCACUCCUCCACGCUGCAGAUUACCGUAGAAGGUCUGUACAUCCCGCCGACGUGCAAGGACAAUCCAUUCUUCGCUAACUGCAACCUCAUCGUGCGCAGCAAGUUCUGUACGCACAAGUACUACUCCAAUUUCUGCUGCAAGUCGUGCGUGGAGGCUGGCCUCCUCAACCCGCUAGAUCUUGAUAUAUUACUUAAGUAGCGGGACAGCUAAGUUACCUAUACUUAGGAUAAGGAGAGGCCAAGGGUCACGACCGAUGCAAGACACAACCUUGAUAAGAAUUCGCACUGAGUAACAACUAGUGCAUAUUUUACACCAACAUUUGUGCAUUAAAUGUAGCUUUGUGGACGUUACAUUCAUAAUUGUUUUAAUAUAUUUGGUGUUGUAAAAUUCUAUUAUUCAGUAAUUGUAAACUAAAGCAAUUCUUCUGUAGUUGUCGUAAAAAUGUAUUAUUUUUAAAAUUGAAAAUGGUAAAUUAAAUAGGACGUCGGUCGUGGAGACCUUUGGAGUAGAUAGAAUCACAAAGUGCCAUAAAAAACUCCGUGCUUUAUACAACGUACAGUAAAAUUGCCCGCGAUAUCUGACGAGAUAACUCUCUGGGGGCAUAUUUACAAUGUAGUUAUGCACUUUUAAGUAAACAAUAAAUACCAAUAGAGUAGAUAGGGACAAUUAAUAAUGUAAAUAAUUACUUACACGUCUGUGAUGGGAAUUCACUUAUUCAAUUGUGUUUGAAGAGCGCUGACAGCUCUAGAACAUUCCACGCAAGUUUACUAAAAUCGUCAAUACACUGCAUUAGCAGCAAUAAACUGCAGUCUGUGUAUGGCAAAGUACAAUUUUAUAUGAAAACUGCAGAUCUGUAGAACGCUAGAUUCUUUAAAUUUGACGUAUUAUUAAAAAUAAUCACGAUAUGACUUUGUAUGAUUUUUAAUGUAAUUUUUAUAGAUGUGAAUGUUACUGUGCAUUAUGAAUGCAGUUAAACCUGUAUUAAAUCGUCUGUUUUUUCAAAGAUUAUAUGUGCUGACAUUAAGUACAGUCGUGGAUACCCGCGGUGUUCCACUUACAGAAACAUUACCUUGUUCAUUGCAACACAAACUCCUCCCAAAUAAUCAUUUAGGUAGCAGUUUGCAAAAACUCCGCGAAAAUAAAAAGCAAUUAUCUGUGUACCGCUGCUAUUUUUUCAUAUAUACACAUUUAGUACCUGCAUAUUAAUUAUUCCGCGUCAUCUCGGUAUAUAUUUAAACGACAGUAGCUUUUAAAAUUCAUCACCGUCAAAUUCCCCGACUGUACAAUACAGGUGUCAGUGCAGUUGUGUAGUCAAACUUUGCGUGGAAUGCAUUGCAUGCUUGGCAUUCGGAGCUCAUCAUAUACAUGUUCUUAUUUCAACAUAGAAAGUAGUUUUUCAAAACAAUGUUUUUUUCCCAUUUUCAUCAAGAUCUAAGUAGAAUGAACUUGGUGUUUAAAGUUGUAGUUACAAUUUCCCAUUGACUCGUAAAUACUCCUUAUCGCAAUUUCCGGAGCGAGUUUCGAUGUAAGUUAUCCGUAAGUUAUUUAUUAUAUAAGUUCGUAGCUUUGUAUCACUAAGUGUACUUAGAGUCAAAUUCAGUGUUAUUUGUGAGUCAUAAUAAUAUUUUUAAGUGGAAUUUUAUAUUUGUGACGUGUAAAUAGAUGACAAUAAAGUGCGUAUUAUUGAUAA